GUUGCUGUAUACAGUAUGUAUAUGAAUAUGGAGAGGAGGAGAUUUACUCUUCACGGCUCUGAUUGGUGUGAGGGUAAAGGUGGGGCGGAUACGAAGCGCACAGGACGCGCUGGACAGCAGAGGAGUUGGACAGAUGCACUAGGUGUGGGUGUUAAACCUACAUCCAUUGCGUCCCACCACUGGAAAACAAACGGACACUGACGACCGACGAGACUUCGCUCCUCUUGUGAUUUUUAAACACUUGGGGUCCCGGACACGCGCCAAAGGCUAAACCCACAGCCUCCCUGUACAUGACUCGCUGUGCUCUCCACGGCGGAUGAGCAUUAUGUUUCUUCCUCUGCGAACCUCAGAAAAUGAAUGCCACUCUGUGUGACUCCGCGGUGACCAUGUAUCACCUGACGACAGACCACCAGCCGAACGCCAGCUGCAACUGCUCCUCUCCCCCCUCCACCUGGACAGCGGGAGGCGACGCCCCACAGCUGCCAACGUUCUCCACAGCGGCCAAAGUCAGAGUGAUCAUCACCUUCAUUCUCUGCGCCGUGUCGGCCUUCUGCAACCUCGCUGUGCUGUGGGCGGCACACAGCGAUGGGAAACGCAAAUCCCACGUCAGGGUGCUGAUCAUCAAUCUGACGGUGGCUGAUCUGCUGGUGACCUUCAUCGUGAUGCCUGUGGAUGCAGUGUGGAACAUCACAGUCCAGUGGCUUGCUGGGGACUUUGCCUGCAGGCUGCUGAUGUUUCUGAAGCUGCAGGCGAUGUACUCGUGCGCCUUUGUCACUGUGGUGAUCAGUCUGGAUAGGCAGUCAGCCAUCCUCAACCCUCUGGCUAUCAAUGAGGCCAGAAAGAGGAACAGAAUCAUGCUGUCUGUGGCGUGGGGGAUGAGUGUCAUGCUGUCAGUCCCUCAGCUGUUCCUCUUUCACAAUGUGACCAUCAUCCAUCCUGAGGACUUCACUCAGUGUACAACACGUGGAAGUUUUGUCACACGUUGGCAUGAAACGGCCUACAACAUGUUCACAUUUUCCUGCCUGUUCCUGCUGCCGCUGGUCAUCAUGAUCACCUGUUACACAAGGAUCUUCUGUGAGAUCUCCAAACGGCUGAGAAAGGACAACUUGCCCUCCAAUGAAAUGCAUUUGCGUUGUUCGAAGAAUAACAUCCCCAGAGCCCGGAUGAGAACUCUAAAAAUGAGUAUCGUGAUUGUCUUGUCUUUUAUUAUCUGCUGGACUCCGUACUACCUGCUGGGGCUGUGGUACUGGUUCUUCCCCGAUGACCUGGAGGGAAAAGUCUCUCACUCACUGACCCACAUUCUGUUCAUCUUCGGUCUCGUCAACGCCUGUCUGGACCCAGUCAUCUAUGGCUUGUUCACCAUUCAUUUCCGAAAGGGGCUCCGCAGGCGUUACUGCAAUGCUGCCACAGCAUCUGACCAGGAUAAUAACACAGUUAUAACUACAUCUUUAAGUUGUGCUGCCAAUUCUUUCCCACUGAAAAGAGAGGUGAGUCCUGCCAGCCAGGAGGAGUUCAUGUUGUGCAGUUAUAAUCACAGCAAAGCAGAGUCAACAUCACCAGGAAGCGCUUUUUUACCAGCAGACAAUGAUGUGGCAAGAGACCAGUCCAGUCCUGAGAGCACCAUAUGAGGAGUGGGUGAAAGAUUCCUGACAGUUUUUACUGCUUUACAACUAAUUAUUCAGAUUUAUUCAUUGUCUGAUUAUGUGUGAGGUCCUAUAUUCCUUGAACACUGUAUCCAUUUGGCUUACCUCAUAAAACAUGUUUGUGUACAAAGCAAAAGUGCCAAAAAUCUGCCACAAGUUGGAAAUGACAGAACUUUGUAUUUUCUAUAAGAGGGGAAGCUUCAGACAGGAAUGUGUUUAUGUACUUUGCAAAUUGUAGUUUGUUGUCAUCUUGAAUUAAAUGUAUUAACUGGGA